UAGCGCAUCCACUCUUCUUCCCGCUCAGAAGGGGUGAAACUUCUUUGGGCAAGAUGGUUCUCUACCGCGUCCGCGUGUCCACCGGGUCCUCGCUCUACGCGGGUUCCAACAACAAGGUGCAGCUGUGGCUGGUCGGCCAGCACGGGGAGGCGGCGCUCGGGUGGCGCCUGCGGCCGAUGAAGGGCAAGGAGGAGGAAUUCGAGGUGGACGUGCCAGAGUACCUGGGGCCGCUGCUGUUCGUGAAGCUGAGCAAACGGCACCUCCUUCAGGAUGACGCGUGGUUCUGCAACUGGAUCUCCGUGCAGGGCCCCGGGGCCAGUGGGGACGAGUUCAGGUUCCCAUGCUACCGCUGGCUGGAGGGCAAAGGCAUCCUGAGCCUACCCGAGGGCACUGGUCGCACAGUGGUCGACGACCCUCAAGGCCUGUUCAAGAAACACAGGGAAGAGGAGCUGGAAGAGAGAAGGAAGCUGUACCAGUGGGGUAACUGGAAGGAGGGGUUAAUCCUGAAUAUGGCCAGAGCCAAAAUACAUGACCUCCCCACAGAUGAGAGAUUUCUGGAGGACAAAAGAAUUGAAUUUGAGGCUUCACUGGUCAAGGGGCUGGCAGACCUAGCCAUCAAAGACUCUUUAAAUAUUCUGACCAGCUGGAACAGUCUGGAUGACUUCAACAGGAUUUUCUGGUGUGGCCAGAGCAAGUUGGCUGAGCGGGUGCGGGACUCCUGGAAGGAGGAUGCCUUAUUUGGGUACCAGUUUCUCAAUGGCUCCAACCCCAUGUUGCUGAGACGCUCCAAUCACCUUCCUGCCCGCCUAGAGUUUCCUCCAGGGAUGGAGGAGCUGCAGGCCCAGCUGGAGAAGGAGCUCCAGGGAGGCACACUGUUUGAAGCUGACUUCUCCUUGCUGGAUGGGAUCAAGGCCAACGUCAUCCUGUGUAGCCAGCAGUACCUGGCUGCUCCUCUGGUUAUGCUGAAACUGCAGCCUGAUGGGAAACUCUUACCCAUGGUCAUCCAGCUCCAACUGCCAUGCAAGGGGUCUCCCCCACCACUGCUUUUCCUGCCCACAGAUCCCCCGAUGGCCUGGCUCCUGGCCAAAUGCUGGGUCCGCAGCUCUGACUUCCAGCUUCAUGAGCUGCAGUCUCAUCUCCUAAGGGGACACUUGAUGGCUGAGGUCAUUGCUGUGGCCACCAUGAGGUGCCUUCCAUCGAUACAUCCUAUGUUCAAGCUUCUCAUUCCACACAUGCGAUACACCAUGGAAAUUAACCUCAGAGCCAGGACUGGGCUGGUGGCUGAUUUGGGAAUUUUCGACCAGGUGGUGAGCAUGGGUGGGGGCGGCCACGUGGAGCUGCUCAAGAGAGCAGGAGCCUUUCUAACCUAUAGCUCCUUCUGCCCCCAUGACCUGGCUGAGCGGGGGCUCUUGGGAGUCAAGUCUUCUUUCUAUGCGCAAGAUGCCCUUCGGCUCUGGGAAAUCAUCUCUCGCUACGUGGAGGGCAUUGUGAGUCUCCACUAUAAGACGGACAAGUCUGUGAAAGAGGAUCUUGAGCUGCAGGCCUGGUGUCGAGAGAUCACUGAGAUUGGGCUGCUAGGGGGCCAGGACUGAGGGUUUCCCAUCGCCCUACAGUCCAAGGACCAGCUCUGCCACUUUGUGACCAUGUGCAUCUUCACCUGCACUGGCCAGCACAGCUCCAACCACCUGGGCCAGCUCGACUGGUACGCUUGGGUCCCUAACGCACCCUGCACGAUGCGGCUGCCCCCGCCAACCACCAAGGAUGUGACACUGGAGACAGUGAUGGCAACACUGCCCAACUUUCAUCAGGCUUCUCUCCAGAUGUCCAUCACUUGGCAACUGGGCAGACACCAGUCCAUCAUGGUGGCUCUGGGUCAACAUGAGGAGGAGUAUUUUUCGGGCCCUGAGCCCAAGGCUGUGCUGAAGAAGUUCAGGGAGGAGCUGGCUGCCCUGGAAAAAGACAUUGAGAUCCGGAAUGCCAAGCUGGACUUGCCCUACGAAUACCUGCGGCCCAGCCUGGUGGAAAACAGUGUGGCCAUAUGA